AUGCUUGGCACUAGAACAGCUCGUUACUUUGAUUUAGCUAAUAAAUCGGAAAUGUUAAAAAAAACAAAUGGACAACCGGUACUUGAACAUGAAUACAAAGAGGUUCCAACUAAAGUACCAGCUGAUUGGGAUGUAUCACCCGGUGAUUUAUUAUCAUGGGCAAAAUAUCGAGCAUCAGAAACAUAUUUCGUGUUGGAGGAUGGUACAUUAUUGAAAAAUCCCGAUCGUUCUGGCAGCGGUUAUUUGACAAUUCCUUAUUUAAUCACUCAACAUACACGAAAUGUUAUGAUGAUGUAUGAAUAUGUCAUUAAUGAAUUGGGUAAAGAUUAUGUGUCAACAAUUGAAAUGCAUCCUCAAGAUCAAUUUAUUAUUAAAAAUUAUGGUCAGUUACCCGAACAGAUGUGUACACGAAAUAUAGAAUAUAUCUAUGAUCCAUUAGAAAAAUUUCUCUACGUUCAUGUUGGUGGUGCGUCAGGAAAAUCAAAAGAAUUUAAAUUAGGUGAAACAUCGGUAAAAGAUAUUCAGCAAUGGUAUGAUGGUGUCAAAGAAGAACAAGCCCAAUUUAGAGUUAAAUAUAAUUUUGAUGGUGUAAACCAUCAAAAAUAUUUACAAUAUAAAUUGCAAAAUGAAAAAAUACAUGUACCAAAAACAUGGACAAUACAACCGGGUAUAACAGAUGCUGGACAUGAUCAUCUCAGAGGUGAAUGGAUCUUAAAUGGAGAUCGAAAACAUUUAAAUGACGCUAAGAAGCAAAUUCAAGAAUAUUAUAAAGAUUUAGUUGUUGACGUUGAAGACGUGCCGUUAUAA